AUGGAUUCAUCUAAAAAUCAAAUUUCUUUCAUCAAUCAACACCAGUUUUUUCAUGAUCCUCAACAACAGCAACAACAACAACAACAAAUGGAAAAUCAUAAGAAUCAUCAGAUUUCUUUUGGAUUAUCAUCUACUAAUCCUGAGAACUUCAUAAGCAAAGAGAAUAAUGGUGGAGCUUAUGAUUUAGGUGAACUAGAUCAAGCACUUUUUCUAUAUCUAGAUGGACAAGAUCCUUCUUCUUCAUCAAUUCAAGAUCAAAGACAGAAUAAUUAUGGAAUGAGGCCACCAACUCUCAACAUUUUUCCAUCACAACCAAUGCAUAUUGAGCCAUCUUCAACAAAGGCAAAUAAUAAUGCACUAGUUUCUCAAGCUACAAAUGGUUCCAAAAAAUCAUCUCAACCAACAAUCGACAAAAGUGAACCACCCAAAGUUACUAAGGGAGAGGGAAGUCGUAAGGUUCCAACUUCAAGUCCUGAGCAAGACGCACCUAAAACAUCAGAUCCCAAGACAUUAAGGAGACUUGCUCAGAAUAGAGAGGCAGCAAGGAAAAGCAGAAUUAGGAAAAAGGCUUAUGUUCAACAGCUAGAGACAAGUAGAAUAAGGCUCACUCAAUUGGAGCAUGAAAUACAAAGAGCCAGAUCUCAAGGAUUUCAUGUUGGAGGAAAUGUUCUUCUAGGAGGAGACCAAGGCUUUCAACUUAUUAAUAGGACCAAUAUCAGCUCAGAUGCUGCGGUAUUCGAUUUGGAGUAUGCAAGAUGGCUGGAAGAACAUCAUAGACUCAUAUGUGAACUUAGAAAUGCAGUACAUGAAGAACAAUUGCAAGAGGAUGAACUUCGUAUUUACGUCGAAAAUUGUGUGUUACAUUAUGACAAUAUAAUGAACUUGAAGGGCAUGCUUGCAAAAUCUGAUGUUUUUCAUUUGGUUUCUGGCUUGUGGAAGUCUCCGGCUGAACGUUGCUUCUUGUGGAUCGGCGAUUUUCGUCCAUCCGAACUUCUCAAAAUUAUAAUGUGUCAGAUAGAGGCAUUAACAGAAAACCAAUUGUUGGGAAUGUGUGGAUUACAAAAAUCAACACAAGAAGCUGAGGAUGCUUUGUCACAAGGAUUAGAAGCUUUGAAUCAGUCAUUAUCAGAUACAAUAAUUGCCUCAGAUGCAUUAAUAUUGGGUAAUAAUAAUGAAAAUAUGGGAAACUACAUGGCUCUUGCUAUUAACCAACUCUCCACUGUUGAAGCCUUCCUUAGACAGGCCGAUAAUUUGAGGCACCAAACAAUUCAUCGGCUGCUUCAAAUCUUAACUACUCGUCAAGCCGCGAGGUGUUUUAUAGCAAUCGGCGAUUAUUUCCAUCGGCUUCGAGCCCUCAGCUCGCUUUGGCUGGCGCGUCCUCGUCACGAAUAAUUAAUUAGCUAGUUAAUAAUUAGCCUUUUGUAAUCUUAAUUUCUUCACCUAUAUUUUCCCCCUAAAUGUUUCUAUUACUUUUU